AUGCGGAGGUCGAUUGCGAGUCUGGGUGGGUCCCUCGUCAAAAGCCGAGGGUUUAGCACGAGCUCGUCGCCGGAGAAAAUCGUCGCGUCCGUACUCUUCGAGAGGCUCCCGGUUGUUAUUCCCAAAAUCGACCCCAUCGUCUAUGCAUUUAAGGAGUUCUCGUUUCGGUGGCGACAGCAAUAUCGACGCAGAUAUCCAGAUGAACUUUUAGACAAGUCUAAUGCUAGGGGAAAAGGAGACUACCAAAUUGAUUAUGUACCAGCUCCACGGAUCACUGAAGCUGACAAACAAAAUGAUAGAAAGUAUGGAGUAUAAUUUUGGUCUAUCUAUAAGAAUCUAUUUUUCCAUCUCAACUUUUCACUUUAUUUGAAGUAAAAGAGCUCCUAAAUAUUGCCUAUGAAUUUCUUAAAAAACCUAUUCUACAGUCGUCUUGGAUUUAAGGUGGAUAAAUGUUUUGCACUGGUAAUGGUUGGAUAUUGAGUGAUUACUAUUGAUAAUUUGUUUUAGUGGUUACUUCUUAGUUGGCUGUUCUUUAUGGGUUAAAUGUAAUGUGAGUUAAGUUUUAUUGCAAUUGUAGUGUUUCAGAGGUCUGUAUGUAAUAUCAUAUUAGUAGAUCAUGUGUGUCUGUGCCUUGGAGUUAUGAUAUGGUUAAAAAACUAUUGUAGUGGGUGAAACUUAAUUGCUGAGAGAAAAAUUAGAAGAAUUGAUAACUCAUUAGAUCUUUUAUACAUAAAACUUAUGUGAAUGAUUUUGAUGUCAGAACACAA